UGUCACGCGCGCGCUCUCAUGACUGAACACUUGGCUCGGGAGCAAAUAUGUUUUCAACAAUUAUCUUCGUACUUUUCACGCUUGCUGUGUCUCAUGCCCAACAAAUACCGGACGAGAAAUGGUCGUACGUGAAUGUUCGUGAAAAUGCCUUCAUGUUCUGGUGGUUUUACGGCGCGCAGACGGAAGAUCCCGCCACUCGCAUGUCAAAACCUUUGGUGUUGUGGAUUCAAGGGGGCCCUGGAGCUUCCGGGACAGGAUUUGGGAAUUUUGAAGAACUCGGCCCCGAGGAUACGAACGGCAAGAAGAGGGAAUAUACUUGGCUGAAAGUUGCGAACGUGUUGUUUGUUGAUAAUCCAGUCGGAUCAGGAUUUAGCUAUGUUACCGAUGAUAACGCUUAUACUACAAACGUUACAGGAAUUGCCGCAGAUCUUUUAACUAUGUUCAAGUCCUUCUUGGAAGAUUUGCCAGUUUUCAAGAAAAUUCCAUUCUACAUCUUCUGCGAAUCGUACGGCGGCAAAAUGACUUCAGCGUUUGGAGUUACGCUUCUCGAGGCGGUUCAGCAAGGAGAAAUCCAGGUUGACUUUAGGGGGGUCGCCCUAGGAGACUCCUGGAUAUCCCCCGUGGACACCGUGCUCACAUGGGGCCCCUAUCUGUACACGUUCUCGCUCCUCGACAAGUCUGACUUGAGCGUCGUGGACGGAUAUGCACAAAAAACCGCGAACGCUUUUAAUUCGGGGCAAUUCGCAGAGUCGACCGCUUUAUGGGGUGAUGUUGAAGGAGCGAUUGCAAGACUGACUGAUAAUGUUAACAUUUACAACGUCUUGCAACACAACACCAAAGCACCAUUUAAAGGUUACGCCUUGAAAAAGUUGAAAGAUAAAAGAAUAUUUCGAGCAUACUGGCACAAUGUCGGGCGGCUGCAAGAACAAAGCUUAUCCGAUUUCAUGAACGGUCCAAUCAGAAAGAAGCUCGGUAUCAUUCCCGACAACGUCACGUGGGGCGCACAGUCGAUGGACGUCUUCGCAAAACAAACCGUGGAUUUCAUGAAGCCCACAAUCAAGGAGGUCUCGCAGCUGGUGAACAGCGGUCUGAUGGUUGCAGUCUACGAGGGUCAACUCGAUAUUAUCUGUGAUACGAUUGGUGCCGAGAUUUGGAUAAACAAAAUCGCUUGGUCUGGGCUGAAAAAUUUCACUCAAGUCGCCAAGAUUCCCCUCUACGCGCCGUCUCAGAAACAGGCCAAAAAUACCGGAGCCUUCGUCAAGGAGUACAAGAAUUUUCAUUUUUACAUCAUUUUAAAGGCCGGUCACAUGGUACCGGCCGAUGCUCCGGAAAUGGCGCUCUCUAUGGUUGAGAGAAUCCUGGGUACGGAAAGGAUGGAUAAACGAGCUCAUCCUCGUUCCCAGCACGCGAAAAACCCGGAAACGAGGAUGAAUCGAGCUUAGCUGUGUAACGUAAUCUCUACGGUUUCGGCUUAUUGACUGGAAAGAUGAAUAAAUAGACCCAAGCAACGUCUUAUACAUACUUGGUAAUUUAAAGUGUAAACUUGUUUAAGGCA